AUGACACGGCGGCUUCUCUCGAGCGUGGGAGGCCUGCUGCCGGUGUGGCGACGGGUGGCCGGGGACGUGCAAGGCGGGUGGCCGCUCGGCCGCAGCACGAGCACGCUGAUAUCGAGUAGCAAUCCGCACCUCGCUCCGCCCGACCAGCCGGACGGCACGGGCAUCCCCAGCUCGGCGCUGUCCUCCACGGACGCGCUGAAGCUCGCCUUCGAGGCGUUCGAGCCGAAGUUCGAGCAGGACCGGCGGUACUACUGGCUGCCUUCGGUGCGGCAGGCCAUGGGGCUCAUGGGGCCCGACGCGCGCCUCCGGGACGCCGCUGGCAGGGCACCAGAGGCCGAGGCCGCGGACGCGCAGGAGGACGCGCUCUCCGAGUCGGACGAGGAAGAGGACGCGCAGGGGGACAAGGAGCGGCCAGCGCCCGUCAUGGCGAUCAGCACCAUGCGUCGAAGAAAGCUCAAGAUGAACAAGCACCAGAGGCAGAAGCGCCGGAAGCGCACCAGGUUCCUCCUCCGCAAGCUCAAGAAGAUCUAG